AUGAACGCCACUGCGAGAAGUCUCCUGCUCUCCCUCUCCAUCCUGCUCCUCUGGAAGCUGGAUCGGUUCAGCGAAGCCUGUAGCUGCUCUCCGGUGCAUCCGCAACAGGCGUUUUGCAAUGCAGAUGUAGUGAUCAGAGCUAAAGCUGUCAGUGGGAAAGAAGUGGACUCUGGAAAUGAUAUUUAUGGAAAUCCCAUAAAAAGGAUUCAAUAUGAGAUUAAACAGAUAAAGAUGUUUAAAGGACCUGAUAAGGAUAUAGAGUUUGUUUAUACUGCUCCAUCCUCAGCAGUAUGUGGAGUCUCAUUGGACACUGGAGGAAAAAAGGAAUAUCUAAUUGCAGGAAAGUCAGAAGGAAACGGCAAAAUGCAUGUUACUCUCUGUGACUUCAUCGAGCCCUGGGAUUCCCUGAGUACCACGCAGAAAAAGAGUCUAAAUCAACGAUACCAGAUGGGUUGUGAAUGCAAGAUUUCUCGAUGCCCCAUGAUCCCAUGUUAUGUAUCUUCACCAGAUGAGUGCCUGUGGAUGGACUGGGUCACAGAGAAGAUCAUUUAUGGACAUCAGGCAAAGUAUUUUGCCUGUAUCAAGAGGAGUGAUGGCUCCUGUGCAUGGUACCGUGGGGCAGCACCACCCAAGCAGGAGUUUCUUGAUAUUGAGGACCCAUAACUGGACUGGCAGAACCCUAACAGCCAACAGAAAAGCCUCCAAAAGUUUAGACAGGUCCAACUCUGACAUUACUUCCAAGAAACAGCAUGAGAAUAUAAUCAUCCAAUCGUGUCAAAAUUAGGUGUGAUUUUUAUUUUCCUUUUUGAUUUUUGUUUUUCAUGAUACUACAUUUCUAGGGAAAGGGAGAAGGAGGGCACAGAGUUCCCAUCCUAUCUAGACUCAGGCUAAGUGCUGUAUUCUUCAAUUCUUAUUUCUCAGAAUAAUAACCACCAGGAAAUUCCCUGGAAAUCUCUAUCCCACCACUACCCCUAUUUUGGAAUGUUGCAUUUAGCAGAAACCAAUGAGGUUCAUUGCAAGAUUCUGUGUAGCAGGCCUACCAGGUAUCUCUCAUCUUGAGUGGCAUGUCCCUCAUUUCAUAAAGUUUCCUUUUCCCCUCUUUUUGUAUUGUCAAUUCCUACCUUUCCCCAAAUUCUAUUUCCCUAUGUCUGUGCCUUUCACAGGUUCUCAGCAUCUCAUGUCUUAGUGAGUGUCCAUAAAAUAUCCUUUGUACACCCAGCACCCAGACUUCUUGGUUUUGAAGGCACCUAAAACUUAUAACUCAACAGAACACCAGAUGGAGCCCCAAGGACCUUGGAAAUAUGUAGAGGCAACAAAAUUUCCAGCUGAACCCAGUUUUUGGCUUUCUCCCACAGUGGGAAUCUGCUGAAUUAUACUCUGAACAUCAAAGACUUAGGAGAGAAGCAUAAUGAAGGAUGUUCAAUUGGAUCUUCCUCACUUUUACUUCAAAUUCAGUGGUCAUUCUUGCAUGUUGCCUCUCAUUUUGUAUUCAGGUUUCCAUAUUUAGAAAACAUAGUAUCAUAACCUGGUGUGUCCAUGUGUAUGGGGCCCUUGAUCAAACACACAGCUUCUGGUCUAUAAACUCAGCUUUUGUAUCCUGAGAGUUCCAUGGCAUACCUUUGAAAAAGAUAUCUAGCAUUAGUGUUACAGUUCCUUGGCUUCUCCUAGACUCCUAAAGAGAUUGACAGUUGCCAUUUUGCUCUCAAGUUUCUGCAAAUGCUAUUUGGCUAGCAACAUAGUACUAUGGAUCCUAUAAAGGGAGGAAAGGGAUUUUGGAGGUAGGAAGGUUAAAUAAAGCUCUUAUUUCUGCCUGGGCUCCUCUAGGACAUUUUGGCCUGCUUUAGAAGCAUCUUGUCUCAAGAUUUAAUUCAUCAAUCCAAAUGCCAGGUGACACCAUCUGCUUAUCUUUUCCAUGUCAGAAUCACACAAGGAAAAUCAGAUGGCCCAAAGGUAGAAUACUACUAUUUCCUAACUGUUUCCUAAAGAUGGUUCUUAGUCCCUAAUAAUUAGAACUAAGAUAGGCAAAUAUCUUAACUAAUGGCAAAAGGAAGUUAGUUUUCUCCUUUUUGCCUCUGUUAUAAAAGUAACCUACUUCUAGAAGACAGACAAAUAGAGAUUAAAAACACACAAGCACAUGUACACACAUACCCACAAAGAUACAUUGUAACUAAACUAAAAAUCUGACACCCUAUGUGUGGUCUUUCUUCUUUCACCUUCAUCAAACUGUCAUCAUUUGAGCCUGUUCUGCAGAGACUCCAACACAAAUAGUGACUUCUGAGAGGCAUGGAACCUCUUGCCUAGAACCUAGUCAGCAUAGGCCUUGAUAAUUUACCUUUUGAAGGCAAAUUAUUAAGAGAACAUCCAGAAAUAAUCCCUUGCAGACCUGCUUUGGGGAUAUUUUCAUGCUGUGUGUCGGUAGAAGGUUUUUAAAGAUAUAUUGGGCCAAUGUAAAUUAUUUCACUCUGGUAAAGCCAUUAUAACAUUCCCUAUUUGCUUACUUUGUGAUUAAAUCAUAUGCAACAUGUGACAUUUACUUCUGUCUCUGAUUUCCCUUUUCCUUUUUUCUUUUAAUGUUUCUGGUUGUUUUGACCAUCAUUUAUAUCAUUGCUGUGCUAUGUUUCCACCUCCUAAUAACCUCCAACCCCGUUGUUAGGUGUUAGAAUUGCACUUUCUUUUAAAAGGUUUCUAUAAUGGAAGCAUUUGACACAGAGUGGAAAGAGUGUCAAGUUAGCCUAUGAAGAUAGAUUCCUCUGGACCUUUUCUUUAGCUGUUUAAUUGCCUUUGCUUCUUUCCUUUCCCCUCUUUUUAUACCUUAUUCAAAUGCCUGCAAAGUCAACAGGUCUUUGAGAAAGUUGUCUUGGGGGGACAGGUUAUAUAUAAAUAUAUAUAUAAAUAUAUAUAUAUUUUUAUUCCUUGCUAGUUAGUCUUCUUUCCUUUCUUAACAGGAAAGAAAAAACUCCAAUUGCAGGUGAGAUAAGGAGCCCUUCCAGUAGCUUUACAAUAAACAAUUACCACAUAUAUACAUACAUUCCUAUAUAUGUGUGAAUAUAUUGUUUAUGAAGGAUCUUCAUUUGGCAUUGCUUUAAUUUAUAUGUUACACAAUCUAAGCACUGCUCUUUCUACCCUUCCUUCAUGCUCUUUUUUGUGCAAGCAACUCAAAAUAUUUUUAAAGAAAGUUUACAUUAUAGUUAUUUUCAAAUCUUUGCUUAUAAGUAUUAAGAAAUAUCUAAAUGGCUGCCAUAAUUUAAAGCUUCGAGGAUUUUUGUUUUGUUUUGUUUGGAUCUUUUUGGGGCAAUAUGUUUUUGCUGGAAUAUGAAGUCUGAAACCUUCUUGUGCUGGGAACACAUGAAAGUUGUUGAAAAAUGACAAGCAGUCUGUGCAUGUCUCUGACGCUUUGUAUCAUUCUUAAGUGAACAUUCAGUCAUUGGACAAUAAACAGUAUUAUCAAAUAAAA